CUUGAUUUUAAUUUUAUAUAUUUUCAGAAUGGCGUCCUUCCAAGUAGUUAAUGUGUAUGUUACGGGCAAUACGAAUAGCGGGGAAAAUCAAAUUUCACGACAGGACAUGUUGGUAUGGUUUAACGAAUGUCUAAAACUACAGAUUCGCGAUAUCGUUGAACUCGGCAAAGGAUUUCAUUAUUGUCAAAUGGUCAAUGUGCUAUUCCCAACAGUUAAUGCUGUCCACCUGAAGCACGUGAAGUUUGGUGCUAAAUCUGAACAUGAAUUCACAGAAAACUGGAAGAAGCUUCAAAAUGGGUUCAAGAAGCUGAAUAUUGACAAAGUUAUUCCUAUUGAACGUCUAAUAAAGCUUAAAAUGAUGGAUAACAUGGAAUUCGCGCAGUGGUUCAAAAAGUUUUUUGACGCAAAUGCAGGCAUCGACGAUUGCUUCGGCCAGUAUGACCCCGAAGGAGAAAGGGCACGAGUGGGAGCGGUGGUGCCUGGUGGUCCACCAGGUAAAGCUGUGACAGCACCUAGGAGAACAGUACCGACAACAACUACAACCAGAGCAGGAGGUGGAGUGAAACCACCUGGAGCUCCCACGCCACCGAAAGCCGCCACAGGUGUUGUUGCUCCUCGAAAACCAAUCGGUGCUCAGAAUGGUGCGGCAGCAUCUAACGUAAACCCAGCUGCCACAAGAAAAGUGCAGCCAACAGGUGUGUCACAAGUACAGCAACAGAUGAAAGGAAGUAGAAUUAGUGGAGACCAAGAAGCAAGCUCAGCAGCAGACCAACAUUUGAUUCAAGAUUUGAGGACACAACUGGACGAGGCAAAUGUGCAGAUCGAAAGCACAGCUGCAGUGAUUGAGGGAUUGGAAAGGGAACGUGACUUCUACUUCAGCAAGUUGAGAGACAUCGAGAUCAUCGCACAGGAACACGAGGACAGUGGACAAUUACCCGAUGAGAAUGUUCUUAAGAGGAUCAAAGAUAUUCUGUAUGCCACUGAAGACGGAUUCAUUGCGCCUGAAGAUGAAGAGGGCCUUCCAGAUGAGAACUUGUCUCAAGAAGAGCUUGUGGAUAUAAAUGAUAACGUGCACGAUGAUGACGAGACGUAUUGAUAAACUUAAGGUGAUAAAUUGAUGUGCAUUUAAUAUGUUGGAGUUCUCGGACUCUUUAAAUAAAAGUGAGUUGAAAAUAUGUACCAUAAAUUGUUGAAUGACAUGAGAUGUAUGUAAUGUUCCUGUUAUGUUGGAAGGAGUUCUCUGCCAUACGGCUUGUUGGCGCUAUUUUGAAAUUUAUUUAGUAUUUCACUUAAAUCAACUUGCAACUUGGAGACAUAUCGAUGCAUGACUGCAGAAAAAUCAGUAACCAAAAGAUAGAAUACUGGAAUUAUUGUUUUUGGAGUGAACUGAUAUGUUUUCACUUAGGAAAUGUGACCUAAUUCAGUGAUUUCUUUGGGAAAUCGUGUAACUAAUUUUUGUAUUAUUAAUUGCUUGAUGAUGGAAUUGAACCAGCUAAUCGCAGAAUAUUUAGUUUUGUACUAGAUAA